CCUCACCCUCGCCUGUCCCAGUACAAGUCCAAGUAUAGCUCCUUGGAACAGAGUGAACGGCGCCGUCGGUUACUAGAGCUGCAGAAAUUGACUCAAUUGAUGCUGUCUGAGUGGCUGAUCGAUGUUCCUUCAGAUUUGGGGCAAGAAUGGAUUGUGGUUGUGUGCCCCGUUGGAAAGAGGGCCCUGAUCGUUGCUUCCAGGGGCUUCACCAGUGCCUACACCAAGAGUGGCUAUUGUGUCAACAGAUUUCCCUCCCUUCUGCCUGGAGGCAACAAGCGAUACUCCACCACAGCCAAAGAUUACACCAUCCUAGAUUGCAUUUACAACGAGGUGAGCCAGACCUACUAUGUCCUGGACGUGAUGUGCUGGCGGGGACACCCUUUCUAUGACUGCCAGACUGAUUUCCGAUUCUACUGGAUGCAUUCAAAGUUACCAGAAGAAGAAGGACUGGGAGAGAAAACCAAGCUUAAUCCUUUUAAAUUUGUGGGGCUGAAGAAUUUCCCUUGUACCCCUGAGAGCCUGUGUAAGGUGCUGGCUAUGGAUUUUCCUUUUGAGGUAGAUGGACUCCUUUUCUACCACAAGCAGACCCACUACAGCCCUGGAAGCACACCCUUGGUGGGUUGGCUGCGCCCCUACAUGGUAUCAGAUAUCCUGGGCAUGGCUGUGCCCACAUGUCCACUGACCACCAAGCCAGAAUAUGCGGGACACCAGCUGCAGCAGAUCAUCGAGCACAAGAGAAGCCAGAAGGACACAAGGGAGAAGCCCACACUUGAGGGGCAUGAAAGUGGGCACUAUGAGCUGGAACACCUGUCCACCCCCGUGCCACAGCCUCCUCCCCAGGACCCAGGCCAGUCCGGAGGCUGCAUGGAGACCUAGAGAGGGCAGCCUCCUUAGGAGUUGGGGACAGGUUCAGCAAGGCACCAGGGAGAAUAUGUGACCACAACAGGUGACUUGGUUUUACUCCAAUAGAAAGUGUUUCUCCUAUCUAAAAUGCUGGCUCAGGCAACUGGAGAGGUAGCAUUCACGUGGAAUUGAACAGCUCUUACUGUGAUAAGUGUACCUCAGAUCUGCAAUGUAAAUAUGUAUAAUUCUUAGAAAGUUGUUAACCAAACAUUGGUAGUGUAUACCUUGGAAUCUCAGCACUUGGGAGUCAGAUAGGAUUACCAUGAGUUCAAGGCCAGCCUAGAUUACACAGUGAAACCCUGUCCCCCCAAAAACAAAAAGAAAACAAAGAAAUAAACCUUGGCAGUCCAGUCUUGGCCCAUUUUACCCUCUCAGCACCCAGACAUUCUGCUGCAUUGCCAGGUGCUUCUGUGGGCAGUGUCAUGUUUCUGAAAGGCCUUACCAGGAACUGCAGUUCUCGGUAUUAGAGUGUUAGCAGUUCUCAGUAUUUGAGUUUGAUUUUCUUUGGUUUAGACAUGGCUUGAGGUAAAAUGCUACUGGGACUUGUCUGCUCCUUAACCACAGCAGAUAAAACUUGAUCAAAAGGGACCCUGAAAUGUGGAGGGGAUUUUGAGGGUGGACAGGACUCAGUCCUUGAGAAGGCACAGUCUAGUGAGAAAUAUACACAGCAGAAUGUGUGUGUGUGUGUGGGGGGGGGGUGUCAUGGUUCGGAAAUGGGUACCCAGUGCAGAGAGGUGCAGAGAACAUCGUGCAGGGACUCAAGAGGGCAGAGGGAGGGUGCUCGUGAAAGGGGCACAAGCUCAGGCUCUGCAGAGGGACUUGGGUUCCAUGUUGGACCAGGAGGGGCAGAAGGGCACAGACAGGCACUGCAGCUGUCCCUCCUGAGCAGGACAGGCCUGGCCUUGGGGACUGAAGCAGGUUCAGCAUGGCCUGAGAAGAGACAGGAGGCCUGGGAUUUUAUGUCACAAGAGAAAGGGAAGUGAGGAGGGAGUCCUCAGACUGUGAACUAGAGCUCUCAGAUGGCCACACAAGUGGAAGAUGGUGUCUGCAACUAACCAGUGAGUUUCUGUUGUGUGCUCAGGAAACAUGUCCCAGUUCCUGUGGCUUCUGCUUUCUAAUACUUCUCUAACCAGAUAAAGUGGCACACAGCAGGAAUAAUGUUCUGUGGACAGUUUCAGAGGGCUCUGGUCAACUCUUGUGUGAUAUGCAAUAUCCCUUUGAAUCGAUUCUCUCUGAGGACACAUCCGGGCAGGCAGAGCCCAGUUACAUGCAUUCAGCACAUCCCAAGGAACACGCCUCAGAGUCUGUGCUUGGAGAGCUGGUCUCGCUGACUCUGUAAAACUGGAGAAGGAAGAACUCUCACUGCCCUCACACAGUGAUGAUGCUGGAUCCCGCUGACUGCAGAUUCAAGCAUUCACCUCCAUCAAUAAGCCCCUUCCUGAAUGUAGGUCAGUUUUGCAAUAGGGACUCUGUUCCUCUGCCAAGGAGAUGUCGUAGGCAGCCUAGAUGUUUAGUCCCUGGGGCCUUUUAAGUGUUCUGUUCUCGGUCAUCAACUCUAUCAGUUCAGGAGCCACUUGUUCCCCUGUCCAUAGCAGUUUGGGCAGGCUGUACUCAGAAUGAAGUAGCGUGGAAAAGAUGUUCGUUCUCCCAAACCCCCUCUCUAUAGACAGAUACAUAAGACUGAGAACUCAGCCUGAUGCACCCAGUAGAGCCACUUGAUGCUGUCGACUGGCAGUGGAAGGACCUCUCUUGGGUCAGCACCUGUGACAUUUUUAACUGGGCACCUGGUUUUAGUAAUCUGGAUAGCAGUGUGUCUCCUGGGCCUAUUUUUUAUGGACUGUAAAAUACCUCUUGCCACCUGUUUCAAAGAUGGCUGGAUGUUUGUUUGUUUGUUUGUUUGUUUGUUUGUUUGUUUUAGCUGUAAUAUGUUUGAUUUAAGCCAAGUCAAAUCCAGCUAUCCAAAAUAAUCUUGUCAGUGGGCGGCCACAUAGCUCAGCAGAUUAAAACGCCUGUAAGCAGGUGCAGGGACUGGGGUUCAAUCCCCAGGCCUGCUG